AUGAGCGGUCUAUCCACCACCGACACCCCCGCUGAUUCCGUGGCAACGAACCCAAGUCAGCCAAGCAUCAUUUCAUCUUCCAUAACCGAUGCCUCGCGACGAGAGCCCGCCUCCUCCGCCGCCGGUACCACCGAACUCGCCGGUCAAUCGGUAAAUGCCCUGACUGGGCAUGAGCAGGAGAAGCUUGAGACUGCUAAGAAACUGGUCAUCGACGCGCUUAGAUUCGUACCUGACUUUCCCAUCCCCGGUAUAAAUUUCAUCGACAUCCUACCGAUCUUCCAGAACCCAGUCGCCUUUGAGUCACUCCUAGAAGUGCUCGUCCUCUUGAUCCGAGAGCGGUUCGGCGACCAGAUUCCAGAUGUCAUAGUGGGUCUGGAAGCUCGCGGUUUCCUCUUUGGGCCUACACUUGCAUUGAGGCUCAGCCGUCCAUUUGUCCCAGUCCGCAAGAAGGGCAAGAUGCCAGGCGCAUGCAGGACUGUUGAAUACAAGAAAGAAUAUGGCAAAGACGAGUUCCAGGUGCAGUUAGAUGCCAUCAAGCCUGGUCAAACAUGCUUGAUAGUGGAUGAUAUCAUUGCUACUGGAGGAACUGCUGCCGCUGCCGGCCAACUCGUGGAGCUCUCCGAUGCUAAGGUCAUGGGUUACCUCUUCAUGAUUGAGAUCACAAAUCUCAAGGGCAAGGCGCUGCUAGGUGACAAGCCGUUCAUCACCCUCGUCGAACACGAUGAAGAAGAAUAG